AUGAUAUACGAACAAUUCAAGAAAUGUUUCCUGCAAUUGAUCGUCAAAUUAAUUAUCGAUUUAUUAGAUAAACACGGAGGAAAUAAAGAUCUUGUUAAUAGACAAGAUCGAAGCAAACCGACAACUACCUAUUGGAUUCGUACUGAUGUUUAUGCACAAGGUUUCGUUGUAUCACUACUUACGGCAGCAGCCACCUUUCAAGCAGUCAAAGGCACUUCAGAGCCACGUAAUAUUCAUGGUUACGGUUUAAAUUCUAUUGGGUCAUGGUAA